AUGCGCUUGCCAGACUCUGAUGUGGGCCAGAUCCCAACUGUCAUUUUCGGCACUGUCAAUGGUGUAAUUGGAGUCAUUGCCUCACUUCCCCAAGAGCAGUAUGUGUUUUUGGAGAAGCUCCAGUCAAACUUGAGGAAGGUGAUAAAGGGUGUUGGAGGGUUAAGCCAUGAGCAGUGGAGGUCAUUCAACAAUGAGAAGAAGACUGUAGACGCCAAAAAUUUCUUGGAUGGCGAUCUAAUCGAAUCGUUCCUUGAUCUCAGCCGUAGCAAGAUGGAUGAAAUUUCAAAACAAAUGCGCGUUUCAGUGGAGGAGCUCUGCAAAAGAGUAGAAGAAUUGACAAGGCUGCAUUGA